AUGAACGCGCCCGACGACGACGACGACGACAGGUCCAGCGGCGGCCCAAAGUACAUUUUCGAGCGGCACGAGGAGAAGAAGAUUAGGCGUCGGCUGAUCAUGAGCGCCUUCUUCUUUGACUUCUUCGCCGUGGCGGUCAUCAUCGCCCUUUGCGUCGGCGGCUGGACGAGGAGCAACGAGGGCUGGGCGACCACCACCAUGAGCGAAGAUUCGCACCUCGUCACGUGGUCGGCAGCAUACCGUCGCAGCGAUACGGGGCUCCAAAGCACCUUCGUCGUGAGCUGGUUUCUUAGCAGCACCUGCUACAGCGAGCACAACAAUAACAACGACUUCGCACAGGGCGGCUGCAUCCACCGGAAGCCUGGCAGCCCCUUCAACCUCGGCAACAUUAUGAACGAAAUCGAAAUCAAACUGGUCGAGACGGCCGGUGCGUAUUAUGGCGCGGGCGUGGAAGGCAUGUUUGAGGGCCUGGAAGACGUCGACUUGUCUUCCGCCGCCACGAUAACCUCGUCGCGCGACGCGGUCGCCUCCUACGUCGUCUUCUUGGUUCUGUCUCUUGGGGCGUGGAUGUGGCACGGCUUCGUCAAGAGGAAUUCGAUCGUAAUCAAGCUCAACACCUGGCGCGUCAUGGCAUGUACGCAAGCUCUCGCGGCGAUUGCGCUGCUGGUCGCCUCGGCCUUGACGACAGCAUCCGCCUUGAAGGCGAAUGCCGUGCUCGGGAAGUACGAGAGCGUUUUCGAAUACCACUCGGCAGGCACUUCUUUCAAGGCCAUGACAUGGUGUGCGUUCGGUAGUCACCUGUUCAGCUUGCUGGCGUAUUUCGGUUCUAUCUUCAUGUGGCAGCGACUGCAGCGGCCGGAGCUCUAUCCUCCAGAGCCGGAGCCGGAGCCGGGCGCAGUGCCAGUGGCGGUCGCAGGGUUGGGAGAAAACAGACGAAACCGACGAGACGCGCCCGUUCACAGGGAGCAUGAUCCGAACAGCGUCGACGACGAACUGCCGCCCUACUCGAGGGUUGACCCGAUCGGAAUGAACAUGAGUGGGAGAAGGAGCCCGAGGGGGUCCGGGGCAUCACCAGGGUCCGACGAAGACAUUGAGCUGGGACCGAUGGGAGGCCACGGGGACAUGCAUGGCGUUGAUAUGACUGUGCCGGCACCAGACUACGAGCUACACGCGAGGCCGUCGGAUCGCACCGGUGCUUGA